ACGUGCUCCAAUGCAUUUGUAGUAAACGUUUUGGAGCACAUUGAAAUAUAUUGAAGCGUGUGACGCGAACAAACCUUACAUACUCUAGGCUCAUAGCGCUAGUCACAGCGCUGUAAGCAUUAUCCUUGUUGUUCAUCAAAUAUUAAACAAGAACAAAUGUAUUGCGCAGGUGCGCCACAGCAAACGCAACCUAUGUGCUCUGCGCGACCCGUGAUCGAACAGCGAUUGCUGUGGCUGAUGUUGUUAUGGUUAGGUUAGGCUAGGAAAGGAAAGUGCUCGUUUCUAGGAUAGCGUUGCUGAGAUUGGCGCUUUAGUGGGCAGUAAUUGACAGAUUUAUGACUUGCACACGGUUUGUCGUGUCGUGACGUUUAUGAGGCAAAGAUGGUCACCGUGCAAGAUAUCGGUCUGCAGCUUACAAAGCCAGUGAGAGAGUUAGCACAAUGGAACUUUCCCUUCUCAGAGACACUGGAACAAUAUUGCUCCUUAUUCAAUACGACGUGCAAUAAGAGUUUCGGUGAAGCUGGACUUGUCCUGCAAAACUCUACGGCAGUGUAUGUCCAUAGAAUCGAGUCUCUGUGGACUAAAACUGAAAAUUGUAGAAAUGUAUUAUCAACUCACGAUCAAGAAGAGGCUUCAAAAAAUCCCACCAAGAAAAGAGACAGAAAGACUGACAUGUUCUUGCACGAGUUUAAAACUGUCAACUUUGCAGCAGAAGUAGAUAAGAAUAUCGAUAUUAAGAAAAAUAUAGUACAUGAUAACAUUAAAUCUAAAAGUCGUCGAUUUCCUCAGUUAGAAAAGACAAUCGCACAGCAUGUUUCUAUCGACAUUUACGAUGUAAAUGGGGAAGUUAUUGGCAAGAAAUAUGAUUUUCGAUGCAAUCAAAAUAUAAGUAUGGACGGUAUAUUGGUUGACGAAUUUGCGCCUCGAGAUUUUUGUUGUGGCAACGACAAAGAGAAAUCUCCGUUGAAUUGUUCGUACGGACUUUGUGACACGUCAACAGCAGAUUCUAUCCUACACGACGACAAUAAUGAAAACAACUCGGAUGUCGAAUCCGAGAGAGACGACAAUUCGCCAGAAGAGAUAUCUGAUUUAACCACAUCGUCCGAAACGAACCAACAAAAUCUCUCUUUAACUAAAGAUGCCGAGACUGAUACAAUGAAUGUUUCAAGCAAUAGUUAUCUUGACGUGACUUCCAAUACUCCGAGUCAGUCGUGUCGAAAUACACCAAUAAAUUCGUCGAUAAUAACUAAUAUCGAAAAUACCAUUUUAUCGAAUAAUAAUGAUUUCGAGGAUCAGUGCUUGAACAAUAAUAUCAAUGAAAGUAUAGACGCCGGCAGUUUAUUAGAUAGUCCGCCCGAGUCGGUGAAUUCGAAAGGAAGAAGAACCUCAUCGACGGACGAUCCAACAUCGUUGAAUGAUACAAAUGGAGAUCUAAUGAGAACAAAAUCACUCACCAAUUCUGUAAUAAAUACUCCCCCUCUAAAUGAUAGUAAAAAAAACAAAUCGCAGCAACGUUCCACUUUAAAACCCACCCCAAAACUGUUGAAACGAAAGGUACUUAUGUGUAAAAAACAGCAAAAUGUAACAAAAAAAAAUUUUCUGCACAGUUUAGAAAAUUCACAUCAUUUACAAAGAGAUAGACCAAGAAUGUUUAAGGCAACGCAACGUUUCUGCAUGAAGUAUAUACAAGAGUAUGAUCCUUUGCAAUAUAAAGAGGUGACGAAUGCAGAGUUAGAUUUUUUAGGAUUUCAAUUACACGUUACCACGAAACCGGAUGUGCGUACCAACAAGGACAUAACGACGAAUGUCACUGAUAAUGUAAUGACGAAUAUCAAUGACAACGUAACGACGAAUGGCAAUGAUAAUGUAAUGACGAAUGUAAAUGAUAGCAUAACGACGAAUGCCAAUGAUAAUGUAAUAACGAACGUCGAUGAUAGCAUAACGACAAAUGCCAAUGAUAACGUAACGACUCCGAUCGAUGACGAGAUAUUUGAAUUUCAUAGUCCGAGCCCUAUAAGCACAUCGCCUCUACAUGAAAGUUUCUGUGACGUUUGGUUUCGAUCGGAUUCGCCGCAUUUCUCGUCGGAAACUGUCGACAAGUGGCACGAAAUGAUACAGCCCAAGUUACGUGACGCCGAGCGACGAUCGACAUUCUGUAUUCGCGACUACGCGUCGCGAAUUAUAAAGACUCUGAAAUCGAGUGGCCAACGAAAAAUCAGUUUUGACGCUGUUAUUCAGAAGGAACGCCCUUGCGAAGUGGCGAGAUAUUUUUUAGCGUCGUUGGAUUUGGCCUCGAAGCAAAAUGUAGACUUAAGUACAACUGAAGAUCCCGAGCAUAAUAUAGAAAUCGCCCUACCCGAAGAGGAUGGGCAGUGUUCUACCGACAGCCAAGCGGAUUCACACGAUUAACGUUAAGCAAACUUUUUAGUUUUAACAAUUGUACAAUAGACAUUAAUGUAUAAUAUGUACUAUAUGUAUAAUAUGUACAUUAAUGAAAAUUCAUUUAUAUGUACCUUUGUCAAUCUUGGGAAGGGUCUCUGUACUGUGAUAUUAUGCAGCUAAUACAAUUCUCUUAAAGGAGAGAAACUUUGCAUAUAUUUGUGUAUUAAAUAUUUUUUUUCGCAGGAGA